GCGGCCGCCGGUAGGUUUCGUAUCGGAGUGACAAGUGAUGGGGCACCGCUCAGAUGAGAGGAGCGCCUCAAAUCAUUCCGCUACUGGACACAACUUUGAAUAGGAAAAAAAAACAAGUGGCCUCUUUGUCACGUGUUUUUUCUAUUGUGUCCAAGAGAGAGUUGCGCCUGUUAAUUGGGAUGAGAGUUCAAGUGAAGUGAGCCGCCAGAUUGGACCUUUAAAGCUUCUUAAAGCAGGUGGUGGUGGGAGGAAGCGCUUUGCCCAUAGGCGAGUGGAGUGUUUAUGCCCAAGUGGAACUAGGGCAACGCGUGAAAACUGUGGGCAAGUAGCUCUCGUUAUGUUUUUUCUGAACUGGACAUGAUGAAGUGGAGAGGACUGCGGACACGGAGGAGCGCGCUACUUGACGCAGGGAUGGAGACACCAGGAGCGCGUAGUGGAACUGGAAUCAAUUCUUGGAACAGGACCAUAAAAUGUUCUGUAGACCCAAAUAUGGGCACGUCGGGCCACAGAGGACACUUCCACCUGCAGCGGACUGUGAUUUUCCUGGUUGCGCUCACGAUGCAGCCGCAGAUUGUUUUGGCAGUGGGAAUGUUUGAGCUUCAGAUCCGCAACUUCCAGAAUCUCCAUGGACUGCUGCAUAAUGGGGCUUGCUGCGACCUGCAGGCCAACGGGGGUCAGCGGUGCUCUGCCAGGGACCAAUGUGAUACCUAUUUCCAGGCAUGUCUUAAGGAGUAUCAGGCCAGGGUCUUUCCAACUGGACCGUGCACGUUUGGGACAGGCACCACGGGGGUCCUGGGUGGGAACUCUCAUUCACUCUACCACCCAAGCCACGGAGCGGAGGAUAACACUAAUGGGCACAUUGUCAUUCCCUUCAAAUAUGCCUGGCCGAAAUCUUUCUCCUUGGUCUUGGAAGCACUGGACUUUGACAAUGACACGACAGAAGCAUCAGAACCAGGCCAGCUGAUUGAGAGGGUCUUGUUGUCGUCCAUGCUGAACCCCGGCGAGCAGUGGCAGGUUUAUCGUCACCACGGCCGGACCCUCAGUCUGGAGUACCGUCUGCGUUUCCGCUGUGACUCCAACUACUACGGACCCUUCUGCAGCAAGUUCUGCCGAGCUCGAGAUGACUUCUUUGGACACUUCAAAUGUGACCCCAACGGCUCCAAGGUCUGCAUCGACGGCUGGACUGGCCCCGAGUGCAAAGAAGCUGUGUGUAAGCAAGGAUGUAACCAGCUCCACGGCUUCUGUAACGAACCCGGUGAAUGCAAGUGUCAUUAUGGCUGGAUGGGAGCACUGUGCGACAAGUGCCUGACGUUUCCCGGGUGCAUGUACGGGAGCUGUACCGAGCCCUGGCAGUGCGUCUGUGACAUCAACUGGGGAGGACUGCUGUGUGACAAAGAUCUCAACUACUGUGGUACCCAUCAGCCCUGUAAGAAUGGAGGGACGUGCACUAACACUGAGCCCAAUGAGUACCAGUGCGAAUGUCAAAAUGGAUUUAAAGGGCGCAACUGUGAAAAUGUGGAGCAUGCCUGUUUGUCAUCUCCAUGUUUGAACGGAGCAACCUGUGAGGAGAACCCCUCGGGCUUCAGCUGCAUCUGCACAGACGGCUGGACGGGACUCACUUGCGCACAAGCGGUGAGGCAGUGUGACCGUAGGCCAUGUGGACAAGGCUCCACGUGUGAAGAGGCACCAGGAGGGUUCCGCUGCCUGUGCCCACCUGGGUGGAGCGGCAGGACGUGCCAGCUUGACACUAACGAAUGUGAACUCAACAUCUGUGUCCAUGCCCACUCCUGUCGCAAUCUGAUUGGAAGAUAUUUGUGCGAGUGUCUCCCUGGAUGGACAGGCCCUAACUGUGACAUAAGAAACAGCAGCUGUCAAGAUGUAUGUUUGAAUGGAGGUAUUUGUGAGGAUCUCGUCUCAGGGUCCAGAUGUCAGUGUCCACUUGGUUUUUUUGGAAAAUAUUGUCAACAAGGCCAAAAUCCAUGUGCAAGCUUUCCCUGCCAAAAUGGAGGGCAGUGCGUCGCAAAAGAUGGAAGGAAUACAACUUGCACCUGCCCCUUUGGAUAUGAAGGAACCUACUGUGAGCUUGCACUAGAUCCAUGUAACCCCAACCCCUGCAAACAAGGCGCGGCCUGCCACAGCUCAGAAGGCAGGUACUUGUGUGCCUGUCCUGAAGGAUAUUAUGGAAAUGAAUGUAUGACCUUGAAAAACCCUUGUAUUGGCCUCCAUUGUCCUGAUGCUAUGUCUGACACAACUCACAGUGGCCUGAGCUUCUACAUGGUACUUGUGGGUAUUUUGGCUUUGGUCACUGUCUGUGGAUGUGCUGCCUGUGCUCUCAUCGCCUCUCAUCUCCAUCACAAGAGGAAAAAGCAACACUCGGUCCCACCAGAGGAAGGCAUCAACAACCAGAGGGAGUUUGUCAACCUCAUAAGAAACGUGGACCGCCCCGUACCAAACGUGCCUCCUACAGCCCCUCUGACCAAUGCUACUGCUCUCACACCCGCCUCUCGCUGCUAUGAAGAGAUUGAACUUACCCUGCCUCCUUCUCCUGCUCCUUCACAAUCCUCCCCAGCGCUCAAGCCGCUACACUCCCACAAACUGGACAUUUCAAAUCAGGAGAGAGAGAAACUCAACCGAAUCCACUACACAGAAAACCAAGAGCUGGAGGUGUGAUGUGGGAGCACAGGGUCACUGUUGCAGUAAAAUGAAUUGACUUUAUGAAAGCUAAAUGCUGCUAAUAAGGUCAAUAUCUUAAGGUGUAAUCAUUGUGAUGGGCUACAUGAGGCCAGUGAUAUUUCACUACAACUGUUUGUUUCUGGAGACUUUUUGUUACGCCACUGAGUGCCUGACGCUGAAAAAGACAGGGUUUGAUGGCCAGCCUUUAAUGCCACUGGAAGUCUCUGGGCAGGACUGAACAAAUUCUUAUUUAUAAUUAACUUUGUUGCCUGAUUGAACCUGUAGGUCAUUGUGAAAAGACUGACAUGUGUUUUAUGAAUGUAUGGAGAGUGAAAUUUAAAUCUGAAUAGAUUACUGGUCAAAUAAAUGCACGUUCAAAGGCUUGCUAGCCGUUUUUAUACAUUAUACACUGUUGCCUGACUAAUGUUUCUGUAAAACUGCAGUUGUGAAAGAUGUAUGAUUUUUCAUAAAUAUGUAAAGAUGUUAUUGUUUAUAAAUAUAUUGUACAUAUUGGUGUCCCUUUUGUACUGUUUGGUCUGAAAUUAUAAUUGUAUUACAUCAAGCACAUGUGGUUUGUAAUAAAAGUUCAUUU